AUUGGGUACGGUUCUGUGAAAACGGUAAUCAUGGUAGUCGAAUAUAAAAUUAGGAGUUGCAAGGACACUUCAAAGCAUUCGCUUAGCGAAAGAAAUGAACUAGUCGUCUGGCCCUUUGUUUAAUAUGAUAGGUAUUGGACCAGUGUCAUUUAGAAGUUCUUUAUUGUUCCAGAUUAAUGGUAUAUAUAGAUAGAAACCUACUUGACCCUAUUUUAAUUUAAGUUACUGGAAAUGAAAUGAAACAUUUGAAACUGAUUUGGCAAGUUGCCAACAAUGCAUCUGUGUAGUAUAAUUUGUUUGCAAACCAUCAAGUAGACUACAUAGUACAUGAUCAGUUUUUUUGUUGUUGUUUCUUUUGCGUAGUGAUUAGGCGUAACUAUUCAAUAGCAAUCACAAAUUUAAGAAAAUACUAAUUCUAACUUCAGGCUUAGAGCUUAUUUUUAUGCUACAUUUUCUAUGAUGGCAUGUAUAGAAAAAGACGUAGCUCUCAAAACUGGGUUUUUGUGUAUUGCCCCACAACGACAAGGAAUUUUAAAGAAAUCUUGGAGUAAGCGGUAUAUUGCUCUUUAUCAAACCAGCAUAAAUGGCAUCCGGAGACUUGAAAUUUUUGAUAGAGAAAAUAAUUUUUUGCGUCAAACACCUAGCAAAAUCAUUCCCCUCACUGACUGUAUUAAGGUCAUGCCAGCUUCUCAGAAACAGCAGGCUAAUGUAUUUGAGGUUCGAACGAUACAUCAUACCUACACAUUAUCAGCAGAAACUUUUCAAGAAAUGAUGGAUUGGGUGUCCAGCAUUCAAGAGGUAGCCUUUGGUUUGUCAUCCAACAGUUCAACCGAAGUAUCCUCUUUUUCAAAUACAUUUCAAGAAUCUACAGAAGAAGAAAACUUACUUUAUGCUUCCAUAAAUGCACCUGAAGUCUAUCAAGUGAAAGUUGUUGAAUCUGAAGCUGCAAAUCGUUGCGGUUUGCAAGGAAAUUAUCUGUUAAUAGUUAAAUCAGCUUCAGUAUACCUAGCAGAGCAAGGACAGUUGGGAUCUAUUGGGAAAACGAUUCAAACAUGGCCUUACAGGUACAUCCGACGUUAUGGAAAAACUCCUAAAGGAUUUUGUUUUGAAGCAGGACGGAGGUGUCAAUCAGGGGAAGGACAAUUUUACUUUGAAACCAUACAUGGAUUGGCUAUAUUUCAGAGUAUUACAGCUCACAUGAGUGCUCUAAAGUCCAGUCCAAGUGAGAGUGACUCUCAGCAUAGCCCUAGUCCUGGACCAGAAAGUGGAAACAAUAGUUUUAAUCUUUGGCAACCUCCACCAUCGAUAGAAGAUUCAAAGCUCACAUCAGAAGUUAACAACCAGAAGUGUAUCUUGGAUUGCCCAAAUUCACUUUUAAACAAGAAAGAUGAUUUUUUUAACUACUCUGCUUUGGAAUUACCAACACUGGCCAAAGAUCUUAAAACUUUAACCAUUGACAAGCCCCCUAAUCUCAAGCCACGGCCACCAGUCAGUAAGCCACCCAGAAAAAGUAAAUUGAACAACAAUAACAAAUUUUCUUUUGAAGAAAGUCUCAUGGUACCAAGCAGACACUCGAUUGUUCCAGAAGGUCAGUAUGAGCAACCUAUACAGCUAAAGAAGAUAUCAGAUACGCUAUCUCCCCAACAGUUAGCAAGAAAAGAUGAAUCAAAAGAAAAUCAAGCUAGUCAACCUUUGUGUGCUUCUUUUGAGGAAGAACCAUUAAGUCCAAAAUUAUUAGAUAAUAAGUCAACUCUAAAGUUCAAAAGCUUGCUUCCAUAUCGUGCAAUCACUGAUUUAGGUCCUCACAAAAGUGAGGAUGGAGAGAGUAGUAAACAUGAGUAUGAUCACCUCAACUUAACAGGUGGAAGUGCGGGUCAUCUUCCAACUCUUAGCCCAAACAACCAGCAUAUCUAUGGUAAGCUGUCCUUUCCAUCUGGUUACAAAAUGUCUUCUUUAUCCACAGAAUCUGAUUAUGCAAAUGUAAACAGCUCAAACCCUUUUUUAAUAUCCUCUGCUGAGAAUACGAAACACCCACCACCCUCUCAACCUGAUCCUAAACAAGUUGAUGAAGAACUUGAUUAUGCUAAUGUAGAUAUGUGUAGGUUUCAGUGCUGUUCCUCAUCCAAUUAGUCACACUAGUGGACCAGCUAACUAACCUCACAUUUCAAUGACUUGUUUCAAUUGAAAAACCAAAUAAAGCAUAGGUCUUGGUAUAUAAAUAACCUGAUUAAUAGAAUUUUGUGUUUUUUUUUAAUUAUGUUAUUAUGUUGCCCAGUUAUACAUACAACACAACUUAUGCUUUGUAUAAUAAAUGUGCUGUAAAUUUAUGAUCAAAGUACUUCCUAGGUACAACAGGUUCAACUUUGUAGUUCCUUAUUCAAAACCAGGGAAGGUCAUAAGUCUUGUGUACAAAGUAAUCAUUGUACAUUAAGAUAUUGCAAACUUAAGUUGGGUUUGAUAGACAUUGUUUUUUUUUAGUCAAAAGAUAUAAAAAACAAGUCAAACUUUCUGUGAUUUUUAGCUGAAAAAAAUCAACACUUACUAGGUUAUUUAUGAACUUGAUACAUAGUUUCGUUAAUUUUAAGACAAGCAGUUUUAGUAGUUGCUGAUUGAAUUUCAUGUUUUUACUGUAGUAUUGAAUGAGUUUUUUUUUUUUAGUUUAGUGUAUUAGAAAUGUGAAUUUGAAUCAUCUUAUCUGUAUAUAUUUGACAGAUUUCUUCAGUUUGGUUUUUUCACCUUAGAUGGAAGUUAAUUUUAAGAGCUUUACUAUUGUUAAGUGUCUGCUUACUCCACCUCAUUAUAGUUAUUCAGGGUCAAAAAGAAUUAUCCACUAAGGUUUAAAUUUUUUUUAUGUUGUUCCGAUUUAAAAUGUUUCACUUUAAGUAUAAAAGUGUCCAAAAUUUUUAUGGAAUUUCCUAGUUCUUUUCACUAUAUAAUAUUUUCAGUUUGGUUAAUAGCAGCACUCAGAAAAAUACAGAGUUAAGGAAAUGAAAACUAUGUUUGUGUCACUUUAUCUUAGAAAGCAAAGGAAGAAAUAGAAAACAGUUAGGCCAAUGAAUCUAGUCGGGAUGGAAUAUUUAUAAUAAUUUUUAUUGUGAGAUAUUUUUACAGUAUGCAAGACAAAGAGGUAAAUGUACUUCUUAAUGAAUAAGUAUGAUACAUUAAAUCUUAGUUUUACCUCACUUUUAUGAGUUUAGUUUUAUACAUGUACUUAAACAAUGUGCUAUCAGAGUCAUCAAGAACUUUAAUUAAUCUGUUUAAGAAGAUGAGAUGUAUCUUUAAGUGGAUGUCAUUUAGACUUGGUGAGUCAAGUUUAAAAGGGGAAUAUUGCAGGAAGUUUCCCGCAAUGCCUCAAAUGAACAAUAUUUUUUUUAGACUUGUAGUAAUUUGUUUAAGUUAAAGGUCACUAAGACCUACUUUCUGUGAUUUACAGAGUUUAGAUUUCUUUCCCUUCUCUUUCACAAUUUGAAAAAUAUUUGUAUUUGGGUGAUGUUUAUGCAGACUUGUAUGUAAUUAGUUUCUGUUAAUCAGACAGAAUGUAAACUUUUCAAUACAUUUUUUUAUGUAAUUUAGGCAGAUUAAGAAGAUAUGUUUAUUUGAAGUGUUAAUUGGUUAGGUGUUUCGGGCAAAAAAUGCUUGUAUCUUUAGAAGUACAGUUACAAAUAACAGAAUUUAUUUCUGGUCAUUGCAUUAGUUUCAAAUUGUUAUAAAUUUCAUCAAUUACAUUUUUCAUGUGCUGUUUAUUGCAAAGCUUCUCAGUGCCAUUCAUCUGACUGCAACUUAGAAAUAUGCCUAAUUUUAUAUCAUUUGUGCUGAGUUUUAUUUUUCAUUGCACCUUAAUAAAAUAGUAAACAAAAUAUUGGCAUUAAAGAAACUUAAAGUAAUAUUUUUCCAUCAAAAGAACCAAAAAAGAUUGAUUUCUGUAACAAAAUGUAAAAAAAGAUAAUUGUGUUAAAAAAUCUUGAAGAAUAUUCUGUAUGAAAAGUGUUCCAAGAUAUACUACUUUGUGUUAUAAAUACAUACCUUUAUCUACAUGAUACAUACUUAACUACAUGUAAAACAUAUAAUACACUAUUUCAGAUUUAUCCUGUUUUUGAAUUUUUUUUCUAAGCUCUUCAAGUAUCUCAAAUUCAAAUAAUUAAUUGUCAUGCUAUCAUAUAUUACUUUUUGCAUUAUUUGUAUUAUUUGCAUUAUUAAUUCAAUGAAAGCUACAAUUUAAAAACCUCGCAUGUUGUGUAAGUUAUGGAGAAAGUAAUUAGUCUCAUAGACUAGUGAAGUGGUAAAUUUUUUAUUUCCUUCUGAAACAGUAAGAUGUCUGAAAGGUAGAAAAUUUUAUAGACUGUUGUGAUACAAGUUUCCAAAAGGUAAUAAAUCCUAUGUUGCCGUUUUAAAUUGUAAAAUUUCCAAUAUGCAGUAAAUAUUAUAUUCUUUUGUUAAAUUGGUUUCAGCUGGUUGUAAAUUUUAGACCUUUGUCAAAUAGGGAGGUUUCCUAGCAUGUAGUAAAUUCUAUAGCCUCUUGUGAACUAGAUUUUCAACAUGUAAAUCUUAUAUCUGCAAGGGAAAUAAAUACAUUUCCAUAUGUAGUAGAUAUUAUAUUCCUUUGUGAAAUUUUAAGACUUCCAAGAGGUAGUAAAUCUUGUAGCCCAUUGUGAAAUAGCAAGAACUCCACCAAGAAGAUAAAUGUAUGGUCACUUCUACAUUAAGUUCCCAAAAAGUAGUAAAAUUUAAUGGUCUCUUGUGAAUUAGCUACGAAACUAGUAGUAACCAUUAGCAAGUACUGAGGUACUAAACAUGUUGUAUAUCUCGUGGUCCUUUGUGAAAUAGGCUUUGUAACAUAUAGUAAAUUGUAUGGUAUCAUAUGAAAUAGGUUUCUUACAUGUAAGUCUUAUAUAUCCCUGUGCUUAAUAAUAUGUUUUUUAAAUUGUAAGUUACAUAAUCUCUUGUGAAAUAGUAUGGCUUUUAGUAGGUAGUCAUUCUACAGUCCCUCAUAAAAUAUUAAGGAUUCCAACACUUAGAAAAUCUUAUGGUUCUUUGUGAAAUAAUAAGAUUUCCCUCGGAUAGUAAAUUCCUAUAUGAUAUGUAACCUCCAGUCACAUAUAGUACUCUUAUUCAGUACUGUCUUCUAUAUGCAAACAUUUUUGCUUGCCACUAACCUUGAAGCUCUCACCUUGUGUAUCCAUGUGAUAUUGCUGUGUUGUUGCAUGCAAAUGAGCCUGUGACAACCCUCCAUUAAUAGUAAUGUGACACACCCUCCUAGUGCAGCUAACUCCCUCUAUACUGAUUGUUCAAUCACCACUUCUCAAUUUGGCACCUGUGACUUAAGAUGUAUUUUUUUUUUUUUAGCUAAUGAGGUUUCUUAAGUUAGGAGUUUUUUUUCUUGUGUAACUAUCACAGACCAAAACUUUUUUGUGGAAAGUUUACUCUUGAAAUUUAUUUUCUAGCUUCAUAUUUAAAUAAUUCUGUACCUGCAGAUUUUGUAGGUUUUUUCUUUCCACAUUAUGAAUUCUCAGGUUACUGUCGCUUCCACUUUGUCUGGUGUGGGACGGCAAGAAGUUAUUCAUGCUAGACAGACGACAAUUAUGGCAUCAGGCUUCUCUUUGUCUGUUGAGGAAGUGAUGGCCGUUGUGCAAUGGGAGCUGGAGUUUUUCAUGCAGCCUGGACCUUCUUCUGAUCUUAAAAUGAAUAUUCUUCUACUUGUGGAUCCAUUUCACGAAGACAAAGUUUUGAAAGCCUUUUUCCACCUCCUGUUUUUGCCACUACUGUCACUGAUCUCACAAGACCUUUGAUUUUUUUUCCAUUUCCUGUGUUUUAUGAUUCUUUGUCUUCUCUUCUUGAUUCAACUACUUCUGCUGACAAUUAUGAGUCUCCACCUCCUGAUAUUUGGGUCCAUGCUAAACAGUUUUUAUCCCAACUUUGUUCUGGUGCCAGGAUGCCUCAUCCUUCUUGCCUAGUUGAUAUACAUUACUUUUCUUAUCAUUGGAAUGAUUUCUUUUUUCUGGACAACCAAAAUCUGGAAUCUCCUCUUAAGGCUUGGGGUUUGUAUUUCUCAGGCUCAAGUGCAUCUUUUCUUACCUAAUCUCGAAGUUAUGAUUGAAUAAUCAAUAUAGAGGGAGUCAGCUGUGCUAUGAGAGUGUCACAUUCCUAUUGGUGGAGGGCUGUCACAUGCUUAAAAAUUUAAGUCACAGUAGGGGGGAAUAUUGCAGGAAGUUUCCCACAAUGCCUCAAAUGAACAGUAUCAGUGCAGCAAUAUCAUCUGGACACACGUGAGUUUAGAUGAGUCUCAAGGCUAAUAGCAAACAAACAAAUUUGCAUAUAGAGUGCAGUAUUGAAUCGGGAAGUGAGGGGAGAUAAGUAUCUAUCAGAAAUAAAUUUUUUAGGGUUGAAAACGUUAACUUUCAUUGUUUUUGUGUGAAACAUUAAACUCUGCAACAAGUAGGAAAUCUUAUGGUAUCGUGUGAAAUAGUAAGGUUUUUCAAACAGUUUGAAAUCUAUUGUUCCAUUUUGAAAUAGUAAGGUUUUGACUUGUUCCAAAUCUUUUAUUCCAUUGUGUAAUAGUAAGGUUUUUGACUGGUUCUAAAUCUUCCAUUCCCUUAUGAAAUAAAAAGAUUUUUGACUAGUUUUAAAUCUUCUGUUUCUUGUGAGAUAGUAAGAUUCUUAAAUGACUCUAGAUGUUUUAAUCACUUGUGUGUGUGUUGUUAAGAUUUCCUACAAGUAAUGUAUU